AUGGAGGUGUGGAAUGGGAGGUUUUUCGACUCACUCCUUCUCUUGAUCCUUCUUACUUCUUCAUCUUGCAAUAAUUUGGUUCUUUUUUGCUGUAAAAAUCCGCCCAAGAAAGCUGCACAUAUAGCAAAAAAGUCCAUCGAAGCAAGAGAGGAAGACACCAGUAAAGGAGCGACAACAAAGACUAGCCGAAAACCACCACUAACCCCCAAGAAAAGAAAACUAAAAGAACCUAAGGUUGAAGCAAUCGAGUCUGAUGACGAUGACCUAUCCCUAGACACUUUCAAACCCACUAAACAAAGGAAGAAGAAACAACUGAAGCUUCAGGGUGCUCUUGUCCAUUUGAAAGUAAAAACUAGCAAGGCAAAGAAAUCUCAUGCCCUAAAAAUACCUGGUGCUGAAUCUGGGCCAAAGUCGAAGGAGACUCUAGAACAAAUGGAGAGCGAUAACUCCAGUCCUCGAGUUGAAGGCCCUAAGGUUGUUGCAGGAAGCUCCCAACAUCCAACCGUCAAACCAACUGACGUCACGAUCCUCCUUGAAAGCAGUGGGGCUCCCACAUGUCAUCCCACAACUCCUGUUGACUCCGAAAAAGGGUAUAUGGGCGAAGUAAACAAUGUUGCUGCAGAAAUACAGGAAGAUUCUCCACCAAAAACUAUCACUCAGCAUUCCCAUACUAGUGGCUUUGAAUAUGGGGAUGAACAAGAUGAAGAUGUCCUAGUGGAAAAAGAUGCAAAAAUGCAAGAUGCUGGGGAAAUUUCGGAAGACGAAUCUGAAGAUGGUUCCCCCGAAACUAGCCAAGGUAUGGGUGAUCAUGAUGACGAAGAAGAAGAGGAUCCAUACCUGUUUAACUUUGACAUAGAACCCCCAGAGGACGAGGAUGAAGGACGAAAUGAUGAUGGUGAUGAGGAAAGGAAUGUACGAGAGGAUCGACAAACACCGGAAUAG